CAGCCCCGCUUCCUGUGCCGCCCGGUCGGUGACCGCAGCCGAGUGACUGUCAGCGGCCGGCAGCAGCUCAGAGCCCGGGCACCAUCGCCCCGAGCAUCGCCUAGCCUCGCCGCCUGGAGCUACCGCCCGCUGCCUCGGACUCUCGCCGGCUCCCACCGCCGGGAAAGGCCAACCUGCUGCUGAAUGCAGGUGCCCGAUGCGGUGACAGGGAGCUGCAGCGGGUGCAGGGCAGCAUGCAGUGGGGCCGGCAUUGAGCGAUGACGGGCAGCCCGCUGCGGGGCAAGGUCUUCUACAGCCGGGAGUGGGCGCUGCGCAAGUUGGAGCGCUCCCUGCACGGCUGCCCCGGGGGCGGCGUGGUGGUGACCGGCGGCCCGGGCUGCGGCAAGACGGCGCUGUGCAGCGAGCUACUGUGGCCGGUGUCGGAGCCGGGCCGGCGGGCGGCGCUGGGAUGCCGGGCAGCGGCGCACCACUUCUGCCAGGCGCAGGAUGCGCGCACCCUGGCCGUCGCCGGCUUUGUGCUCAGCCUGGCCCGGCAGCUGGAGGACUGCGCCUCGCUGCACGGUUACCGCCACCGCCUGCAGCACAGCGCGGCUCAUGCGGCCCUGGAGCCCGGGGAGUGUGCGCGGGACCCCGACCACGCGUUCAAAAGGGCGGUUCUCCUGCCCCUGCUGGACUUACCACCCCCGGCUCAGACCCUGUUCGUGCUGGUGGACGCCGUGGAUGAGGACCAGGCCGGCAGCGGGGGCGGGGACGGGCAGUGGCCACCCACCGGACCGAGCCGCACCAUCGGCCAGUUGUUGGACACCCACCACCACCUCUUCCCACCCUGGCUGAUCCUCAUCUGCUCCGCCCGAACACAGAGCGAAGCCGUCUGCCGCAUGUUCACAGGUUUCCGCCGGCUUUGCCUGGACGACUUGCGGCGGCCGGCGGUGGUGUUGGACGUGCAGCAGUACAUUCUGUGCCGGCUGGAGCGGGAGGAGGUUCUGCGGCAGCAGUUGAGCGGCGACGGCGGUGCGGAGAGCGUGGGGCAGCUGCAGGUGAAGUGCCGGGGGUGCCUGCUGUACGUGGAGCGGGUGCUGGACGCGGUGUUGGCCGGAGCGCUGCGCUUGCCCGAGCUGUCCCACAUCCCCGGCGCGCUGCCCGGCCUCUACCUCUGGCUCUGCCAGCGCCUCUUCAGCCGCCGCCUCUUCGCCCAGGUCCGGCCGCUCCUCAACGUGCUGCUGGCGGCGCGCCGGCCGCUCGGCCCGUCCGACCUGUACGAGGCGGUGCGGGGCCCGUGCGGGGAGAUGACUCCCUCCGACUUCCUGCGGCGUCUGGAGGCCGUGGAGGCGCUGCUGCGGCCCGGGCCUCGCCCCGACCCCGACGCCAAUCCCAGCCCCGGGCCUCGGCCCAAGCCCAAGCCCGACCCCGAUCCCCGGCCUCGACGUGAGUCCCGGCCUCGGCCCGACCCCCGGCCGCUGCUCCUGCACCACAGCCUGGCACAGUGGCUUGUGGACGUGAAACACUGCACACGGCGGUACCUGUGCAGCCGGGAGCAAGGCCACGCCGCGCUGGCCGCCUGGCUCACCCGCAGAGCCGGGGGGCCGGAGCUGGAGCUGGAGCCGGGACUGGGUCAGGAACUCGCCCUGCACCUGGUGCGGUCGCGGCUGCAGGCCCAGCCCUGGGCUCUGGCUCUCUGGCUGCUGUGCAGCGGGGCCCCGCUCAGCGGGCAGUCUCUGGCCUCGCUGCCGCCGCCGGAGCCCCCCGUGCUGCUGCUCCUGCGGAAGGCCGGAGCCUACGAGGCGGAGCCGGGGCGGGGGCCGGCGGAGGCCGCGGGCCAGCAGCCUGGCCCUGCACGGGGCGCUGAGGACAAUGGGGUGGCCCGGGGGCCGGAGGGAGGGGAGGGUUGCGGAUCGGAGGGCGGGGAAGGCCGGGCCCGGGACCCCGGUCUGGAGGCGGCCGAGCUGCUGCUGGUGGAGAGCGAGAGCGGGGAGCUGGGCGGCCACACGCCGCUCACUCUGUCCGCCCGCCAGGGCCACGCCCGGCUCCUCCAGCGGCUCCUGGAUGGCGGCGCCGACCCCAACCAGGCGGACGGGCGCGGCUGGACGGCGCUGCGCUGGGCGGCGUGGGGAGGCCACUCGGCCGUGGUGUGCGCGCUGCUGGCGGCGGGCGGCGCCGAUGUGGAAGGCGUGGACGCCGAGGGCCGCACGGCGCUGCGGGCCGCCGCCUGGGCCGGGAACCGGGACAUCGCGCUGGCGCUGCUGCGGCGGCGCGGGGCCGACGUGAACCGGGCCGACCGGCAGGGCCGCACCCCGCUCCUGGCCGCCGCCUACAUGGGCCACGCCGGCAUGGCCCGGCUCCUGAUCCGCCACGGGGCCCGCGUCGAUCAUCGCGACCGCGACGGCCUCUCGGCCCUGGCCCUGGCCGCCCACUGCGUGCCCGCGGCCCGCGGCGCCGCCGCCCGCCUCGUCGCCCUGCUCCUGGAGCACGGGGCCCCGGCCGCCCAGCGCGACCACCGCGGCCUCAGCCCGCUGCUCCUGGCCGCCGCCGAGGGCCGCGCUGACGUGGCCGAGCUGCUGCUGGAGGCCGGGGCCCGGGACGAGGCGGAUGCCCAGGGCCGCUCGCCGCUGCAAGUCGCCGCCUCGCUGGGCCGAGCGGCCGCCGUGCGGACGCUGCUGGUGUGGGGCGCGGCGGUGGACGGGCUGGACGCCGAGGGCCGCUCGGUGCUGGGGCUGGCGGCCGCGCACGGCAGCGAGGCCGCGGUCCGGCUGCUACUAGACCGGGGCCUGGACCCGAACCAACGCGAUGCCCUGGGCUGGACACCGCUACACGCCGCCUGUGCCGAGGGCCACGCCGCCGCCUGCCGGGCGCUGGUGGAGCACGGGGCCCGGGUGAAGGAGGCCGACUUGGAGGGGAAGUCUCCGGCCUUGCUCGCCGCCCAGGAGGGCCACGGGGCCUGUGUGCGGCUCCUCCUCGCCCAAGGCGCGCCCCUCGACGCCCGCGGCCUGGACGGGCGCCCGGGCCUGUGGCUGGCGGCGCUGGGCGGCCACGCCGAGCUGGCCGCUGAGUUGCUGGGCCUGGGAGCUUCCCCCGACGGCCUGGACUCGAGCGGGAGGCCGCUGCUCUAUCUGCUGGCGCUGGAGAACCGCGUGGAGUCGGCGCGGCGGCUGCUGGAUGGCGCCAGGCCCGGCCUGGAGGCCCGGGACCCCGACGGCCGCUCGGCCCUGCACGUCUGCGCCUGGCUCGGCCUGCGGGAGCUGGCUCGCCUCCUGCUGGAGCGCGGGGCCCGGGUGGACGCGCAGGACCGGCAGCGGCGCUCGGCCUUGCACUCGGCCGCCUGGCAGGGCCACGCCGCGCUGCUGCGGCUCCUGGUGACCAGCGGGGCCCCGGUCGACCAGGCCUGUGGUCAGGGGGCCACCGCGCUGGGCAUCGCGGCCCAGGAGGGCCACUCCGAGGCGGUGCGCGUCCUGCUGCAAGCGGGGGCCGACCCAGACCGCGCCGACCUGCACGGCCGCACGCCCGCCCGCGUCGCCAGCAAGAGGGGCCACGCACACAUCGUGCGGCUGCUGCAGGGGCCCCGGUCCCCGGCCACACCCGGAGACGCCUCCCCUCCCAGCUCGACCUCCGCGACCCCAAACUCGAGCCCGGGCCGCUCCAACUCCAGCAGCCCCUCGUCACCGCGCUCCUCAUCCACCGGCCACUCGCGGGCCACGGCCCAGACCCUGCCCGCCGACAGCGUCAGCUUCGCCCAGCAGAUUCAGCAGCACUCGCUCCCCCGCAACCGGAGCCGCCUCUCUCUGCUCGCCUCCAGUCUGCCCCGGCCCGACAGGCGAGGCCCCGGCCCCGUACCAGCAGAGAGAGAGGCCCCGGAUCCCGCGCCCUCUCCCGACCCCGAUCCCCGGCCCAGCCCCGUGGCCGCGGGCAUUGAGUUAGCGGACCCCGAGGCACGGCCCAGCCCCGACCCCGUCAGCCGCACCUCCCCGGCCACCACCCAGUCUCCCCCGGGCCGGGCCCGAGAGAACGGGACACCGGGUAAGGCGCGGCCCCGGGCGGGCGGCGGGCCCGAGCUCUCUCCGCAGAAGCUGGGCGGCGGCGGCGGCGGCGGCGAGACGGCGCAGAGAGCGAGGCCGGAGCCGCACUUCGCCAUCACCAGCCACGACCCCGAGCUCGCCCUGAAACAGGCCAUCAAGCUGCGCUUCGAAGGCCCGACCAGCGGCUACAAGAGGGAGACACCGCUCUGAUGGCCGAUCCCGGAGCCUCGCUGGCGGAUCCCGGGUCAUGGUGAGACCCGCCCCGGGCUGCGUGUGAACGACCCCCUCCCCACUAUCUGCAGACCUGCGUGAUGCAGUCCAGGAAAGGGGGAGCGCCGAGCCUCGGCAGUCUGCUGCAGAUGUACAGUUGUGUAAUAUAUAGUGUCUGUUUAAUGCCGGCGUGUCUGUACAGUAUUCCGGGAUUUUCCUGAUGUUAUCAGGACGCAAUUUUUU